UAGCAGCAGUCGUCUGCCAACUCUUUUCGUCACUUUGGCUCUUAUAAUACAUAUGUGCCACGGCCACCCGUUUUCUGCGACAUGAGCCACACAAUCGAAUCUUGCAUCGCGGGACCAAUCGAUCUUCUGCUUCUUGCAUCUAGUCUUUAUCAUUAACCUCCUCUUCCACCUCAGCUUCAACUCUCCUGCUUUUGGCAAACACCCGCCAUCGGCCCCCCAUCUGCCUACACGCACGCCAGCUGUCAGUGCGAAAGCAACCGCUCACCAGCAGUCACUUGGUAGUCACCUUGCAACGGCGAGCUUACAAACGCAUCUCGGUUUAUUUACUUCACCAUCUUUCUUCUCCGCCUACACCUCUUUUCAGCUUCCUCAACUCAAAAAAAAUGGCCACCCUCGCCAUGUCACAGCCUCCCCUUAACCCCAUCUUCAGAGAAUCUGGCGUCGAUAGCAUGCGAUCUCAAGAUCAAGGCAUUGCUUUGCCUUCUAUCCGCCAGGCUAUUCCUGAACUGCACCUCACAACCCCUUCGUCGGAGAUGCGCAGCAGAUACUCUGUCGGUGCCUCACCCACGGAUUACAUCCACACCCAGGACCAGAAGAGAAGACGCAUUUCUGAUGAGGAAGAACGCGACAGCCUCAAGUCCAACAUUGUCCCUAGACUCUACAGAAGCCCUGAGCAGCCUUCUUCGCGGCAGAUGUCUCCCCAUCACCAACCCUCUCCCCAUUUCCCCCAUGACGCCUACAAACCCCGCAACACCCAGCCUACCAAAGUCCAGAUCUUGAACCAAAGCUCCCGCCAAUCUCUGCCUAGCCUGUAUGACUUUUCAGCAUCAGUGGGCGUCGAGGCAAAGCAGUCUCCCCCGAUGAAGCGACCUGCUCCUGAGAUGGACGAUUACAGACGGCACGACGAAAUGGCCCGCCGCUCGUACGACUAUGGCUAUGCACACGCGCCCUCCCACCACUACCACUCCGCUUCUCCUUCUUCUUCACAGAUGUACGAGCGUCCAAUGACCUCGUCCUCCAACUACGCCACACACUACCAUGAUGCUGGCCGCUACGGCGAGCUCGGUAUCAUGGCCAUGGGCAACGACACCAAGCUGCGAAAGCGCCGGGGUAACCUGCCCAAGGAGACUACCGACAAGCUACGCUCGUGGUUUGUCGCCCACCUUCAGCACCCAUAUCCUACUGAGGAUGAAAAGCAAGAGCUUAUGCGUCAGACCGGCCUGCAAAUGAACCAAAUCUCCAACUGGUUUAUCAAUGCCCGCCGGAGACAGCUCCCUGCCAUGAUCAACAAUGCCCGUGCUGAGACAGAUGCCAUGAACGGUGGCAUUGGGUCCUCCAGCAACUCACAUCUCGGCCGUAACACUCUCAGCGAUGGUGAGGGUGACAGCUACGAUGAUGUGCGUGAUAUGCGCCACCAUCGCGGCGACGGCAAGCGAGAGAGCGUCUAGAGCAAACUCUCUGACGAUGCAUCCCCGUUGCAUCGUACCACCCUGUACAAAUUUGCAUUGCUUCGUUUUUUUUUUCACUACUGAGAUGCCCCCCCCCAAGCCGCGGUCCGCGCCGCGGCGACCUUUUCUUAUUUUGUUAAUUUUUUGCCCAAGGAUUUCUUUUACAUAUAUUGGGAACGGAUACCAAGGCAACUCUGGUCACGAUGAGCGUGUUUGAUAUUAUUUUGUUACGAACGGCUGUUUCUCUUCUUCCUUUUUGUUUUGCUUCCUAUUGGAACUUGUUGUAUGAAUGUUUUGGAAGCAAUGGACGAGCAGUCCACGAAAAGCACCUUGAAUUUACAAUAAUUAUUGAUAGUGAACGGCUGUGCCCGCCACUCAAAUGAAGAUACCAUGUUACCAUAUAGCUUA